CCCUCCCGCCGCCGCCGCGCCGCUCCUCCGGUAGGAUAGGAGCCACCGCGAGAGGCUGGUUCAGCUGGUGCGGCCCGGGGGAAGGAGAAAAGCCGCUUCUUGGCCAGUUUGAGGUUGAGAGAUGGAGUCAGCCGGCGGCGUCGGCGGGCUGGGCAGCAUGCGCGCGGUGCUCGCCAUCCUCCAGUGGUGGGGCUUCAACGUCUACGUCAUCAUCAUCAACAAGUGGAUCUUCCAGAAGCUGGAUUUCAAGUUCCCCCUGACGGUGUCCUGCAUCCACUUCAUAUGCUCCUCCAUCAGGGCUUACGUCGCGAUCCACGUGUUCAAGGCGAAGCCGCUGAUUCAGGUCGAGCCGGAGGACCGCUGGAAGAGGAUCUUCCCCAUGUCCUUCGUGUUCUGCAUGAACAUCGUACUAGGAAAUGUUAGCCUGCGCUACAUCCCGGUCUCCUUCAUGCAGACUAUCAAAUCCUUCACCCCUGCAACCACAGGGGCCACAAUAUGUAUGCACCAAUUUUUGGACCUUUACAUGCUUGUCAUGCAGUGGGAUACAGAUUUCCCAGUGCUUUGCUUUUCUUGUCUGCAUAAGGUGGUCCAAUCCAAUGGAUAUUGGUGGCCCUGUACUGAUAAUUCCUAUCGUAAUUUCUCAAGUUCUCCUAUGUAUGCGCUUAGAGGGUACUCCAUCUUAUGCACAGUUUAUCCCAGUUGGAGCUAUUUUCUCACCUAUACUUUUGCUCCAAGUGGUUGCUGUAUUGUUUGCCGCUUGGAGAUUCUUUGAAAGGCUUGUUAUUAAAUUACAAGAUGGAAUUGUUAGUGAAAGAUAUAUUUCUGUCUCAUCAAAGAUUGAUGAGUUGCUUAUGAUGGUACAAUAUGGUUCAAGGCUCAUUAUUGACGAAGAUAGCAAAGAGGAACAAGCACAUUUAUGCUAUACAAAUAACAUUGGGUAUUCACUAGGAAAAUUGCCCAAGCCAAGUGAAUUAAUUUUCACAGUUCAUUAGUAUUGCAAUUUUAUGGUGGGAGUGUCUCCCCAGAAAUCUCUACUCCUAAGCUUGAAAGCUUACCUGCUAUGGUUGGUGGGGUUUAUUCGGAGGAUAACAACCUGCAGCUUGAGGCAACGACACAAUUCCGCAAGUUGCUUUCUAUAGAAAGGAGCCCCCCAAUCGAAGAAGUUAUCCAAUCAGGCGUUGUUCCUCGAUUUGUGCAGUUUCUUACUAGGGAGGAUUUCCCCCAACUCCAGGGUCCUCAUUCAAGAGAUGAAGCAUUGUCUACCACGAGCUCUGAAGGAAGUGGUGUGAAGGCUGAAGGUGGCCCAACAGAGCCUGCAUCGGUUCCCAAAGCAUAAUAGGUAAUCAACGUUGUGGACCGAUGGCUGUAAAUCCAGAAGUGGAUGAUUUGCAUAACUGGAUACAGACAUGCACCUUGUGAUCUAUUGAAUAUGUAAUAUAUUGUUGUUGUUGUUGUGAUC